AUGACAGCCUUGGCAAGGAGAGAGGACAACAUUCAACGGACGAUAGUCAUUGAGAAUGCUAUUCCACCUCAAGUGAACAAUCUUGCUCAAACUCAGCCGGUGCAAAUCCCUGUCGAGGACCAGAUUAUACAAGAGCAUCCCAUUGUUCGAGACAGACACUCCUCUUAUGAUGCUAUUGAGUAUCAUAGUUUCGUAGUCUCUGCACAAAAUUCCCAAGGGGAAGUCCCGGUGACGAAACCCAAAUAUCCACGACAUGUGGAGGUUGCUGAAAUAUUUCAGGUGUUAGAAGAGAAGCUUAAAGCUAUAGAAGGGCAAGAUGCUUUCGGUCUGAAUACUUCAGACAUGUGUUUAGUGCUUGGCCUAAUAAUGCCUUCAAAGUUCAAGGCACCGGAUUUCGAAAAGUAUAGAGGGGAUAGUUGUCCAAAGAAACAUUUGGUGAUGUUUUGUAGAAAAUUUACUUCUUAUGCUCACAGUGAUAAGCUGAUGAUUCACUGUUUUCAGGACAGUCUGAGUGGGGAAUCAUUGAGUUGGUACAUGCAGCUAGAAAAGUGCCACAUCCAAUCAUGGUUAGACCUGGCUAACGCCUUUUUAAAGCAGUACACAUACAAUUUGGACAUGGCUCCCAGUCGCACGCAGUUGCAAGGUUUAUCUAAAGAGAGCAACGAAUCCUUUAGAGGAUAUGCCCAAAGAUGGAGAGAAUUAGCUGCUCAAGUUCAACCACCACUUCUGGAGAAAGAAUUGGUUGACUUAUUCAUGGAUACCUUGCAAGUUCCGUACUAUGAAAAGAUGAUAGGAAGUACUUCACCUGAUUUUUCACGUCUGGUGUCAGCUGGAAUACGCAUCGAGGGCAUGCUCAAAAGUGGAAAGAUCUAA